UCGUGAUAAAAUCAAAACCGUACGCCUUAAUGUAAUUAGCAUUUCAGAUAGUGUCACGGACCACGCAAAUUUAUGGAUAUGCUCAGCAAUGGUGCGAAAUAUUGAGGAGCUUGAUCUGGAUUAUAGAGCAUUUUGGCUUCCCCAAGUCCUCUUUACUUGCCAGACAAUAAAGAUCUUGAAGCUUCGUGCCAACAUUCGGUUUAAGAUAGUUGAAUCUGUGAGCCUCCCGAGACUCGAGGUACUUCACAUUCAGAAUGUUAGUGUUGCUAAUUUGGAGAAGAUCUUAUUUGGCUGCCCAGUUCUUGAAGAAUUAGUGGUCUAUCGAGAUUAUUCUGAUUAUCAUGCAACCACGUUGUAUGUGGUGUCAUCUUCACUGAAACGUCUAACAAUUCAUCAAACUAUUUUGGAGAAGAGAGGAUUGGGCAUUCGAAGUGUGGUUAUAAAUGCCCCAAAACUCGAGUUUUUCGAUCUAGAGGAUCAUUUUUCUGCAUUUUGUUACAUGAUUAAGGUGUCAUCCCCUCUUAAAGCAGCUAUUGAUGUUAGGAGUUCUUAUACAAAUCAUGCAUUAAGGCUUCUUAGAAGGAUCACAAAUGUCACUGUUUUAAACUUAUCUGCAUAUACGCUCGAGGCUCUCUUUAAAGCAUCUGAUGACAAAUUUCCGUGGUUCCGUUUUUUGACUCAAUUGGAGAUGGGAGCUUUUGGAAAUGGAUGGUUGAUGCUGCCUAAGAUACUGAAAUGGUCACCCAAUUUGGAGGCGUUCACCCUCUAUAAGACAAAUGAUACAGUUCCUCAUGAGUCUAUCUUUAACGAGGAAUCAGUCCCGGGUUGUUUGCUGUCAUCCCUUAAGAGUAUUGAACUCAAAGGAUUUGGAGGAAAUACAGCAGAAAUGGAAGUGUUAGAAUAUUUCUUGAAGAAUGCAUCUGCCUUGAAGACGCUUAAAAUUUUAAUUUCUGAUACUAGCUUUCAGAAAGAGGCUGAAAUUCUCAGGAUGCUGAUUACGUUUCCGAGGGCCUCAACCACUUGCAGGAUCCUGUUAACUUGAUCUCUUAAUGGUAGGGAAUCAAAUUUUCUGAUUGCUAAAGGAUUUUCUUUGAGAUGCAUAUACUUUUCAUGAAAACUUAGUAGAAAAAAUCACUUGAUAGACAUUCAACUCAACCAUCUUUUGCAAGAAUUAUGCUUAAUGUCGAGUUUCAUCAGAAAUAUUGUUCCGUUUACUGUAACAAUGACGAACAUUUUCUGCUUGUUCUAUAGUGUUUUCUUAUUCUGCUUCUUC